UUUAGACGUUCAUUUACAGUGUGCACAAUUCUUUUUUGCACGAGCGCCACCAGAAAAGGUUGAAAAACCAUCUUUAUGUCACGAUUGUAUGUGUCUCUUAGAUGAAACUCAUGUCAACUCGAUAUUUCGUGUAAAGCGUAAAUCAAAAAACGAAAAGGAUAAAACGAGAAGAAAAAAAAGUGAACAACUGCAACAGUAGCAAGAACGGCGAAAACAACAGCAGCCAGCAUUAGCAUUCAAGCAAUAUCAUACAAGAAUUUGUGUAUAUAUCAGAGAAGAAUAGAGUGUGUGCGUGAAAAGUGUGUAUGUUUCUGUUGUCUUAGUGGUAUGACCUAAAAAUGGUGGAACCUGAUCCAUGGAAUGUAAUUGACAAAAAUCAAGAAAAUAUUCACAAUUGUGUGACAAACAACGAAUCGAACGCCAAUCCAUCUGCAUUCGAAGACGAUUUUCAACCCACAAUCGACAACGCAACCGAAGAUUUACCAGAUUCAACCGAGUACAUACAAUCAUUAGAAAGGAAACUUUUUAAGUUGAAAAAUACAUCAAAUAUUCUGGACCAAUUGAAGGCACGUCGAGAGCAUUGCAUCGAAAAUUUGCUCAUUGGUAAUAUCGAAACCAGUACAAACGGUGACGAAAUUCAUCUGGACGAAGACAUCGAAUCGAAUAGGCGCCGUGAUAUUUUGCGAUAUAUUCAACCAGAGCAACCGAUCAAUUUGGGUGAAUUGGUGACGAUCAUUAACCACGAUCAUUUGGAAGAAAAUCAAACGAAUUCCACUGAAAAAGGCAACAACGAAAAUCUCUGAAUGUGUUCGAAUUUAUUGCGUGAAACGAAAUAUUUCGACUUUUCACAUCCGGAGGAUAUCAUGGACUCAGCGUUUGGUAAAUCAUUUCUAUUUUUAACAAAACUAGCCUGGAAUUGUAAAGUAACCUUGCCCGUGCUAUUGA